GCGGAGCGGAGCGGCGCGGCGCGGCGCGGCGCGGCACACGCGGCGGCAGCUCCCUCCGCAGCCCCGCGCCUCCCCAACCCCGCCGCCGCCACCGCCGCGCCGGGCAUGGCCGCCCCCCGCCGCCGCGCCCCGCGAUAGCCCCCACGACCCGCCGCGUUGCCGAGGUGUUCAUCUCGGUGGGGCCACGCUGACCAUGCUCAGGAGCUUCUGUCUCCAGCUCAUGUCCUUGGUUUGGAUCCUCUUGGCCCAUCACCAGCUUGUGCAAGGUGAUGACUGCAGCGAGCGCUGCAAUCUUGCCCAUGGCUGCUGUGACCAGGAUGGGAAGUGCAGGUGUGAUCCAGGCUGGGAGGGCGAGUACUGCGAGGAGUGUGUGCGUAUGCCAGGGUGUAUCCACGGGACGUGCCACCAGCCUUGGCAGUGCAUCUGUCACACUGGCUGGGCUGGCAAAUUCUGCAACAAAGACAUACAUAUCUGUGAACACCGGUCCCCAUGCCAGAACGGGGCUCAGUGCAUCUAUGAUCGAGACGGAGAAUAUUCUUGCCUGUGUCCAGAAGGCUUCCACGGGAAGGACUGUGAGAUGAAGACGGGGCCAUGUGAGAAGGCAGGGUCUCCAUGCAAGAAUGGGGGGCAGUGUCAAGAUGAAAAUGGCUUUGCCAGCAAUUUCACCUGCCGGUGCCUCGCUGGCUUUGUGGGGGCUUUCUGUGAGAACGACGUGGAUGACUGCCUGAUGCGUCCCUGUGCCAAUGGUGCCACCUGCCAUGAUGGGAUCAACCGCUUCUCCUGCCAGUGCCAGGUGGGCUUUGAAGGGCGUUUCUGCACCAUCAACAUCAACGACUGUGCCAGCCAGCCGUGCAAAAACGGGGCAAAGUGCUAUGACCGCAUCAAUGACUAUGACUGCCUGUGUCCUGACCGUUUCACUGGCAAAACCUGUGAGAUCUCCAUCCCUGAGCCCACCUGGGCUCCCCUCUACCACCCUGCGAACCAUGAGAAUGACGGGGGCGUGAAAAGCACCACCAGCGAGGUGCCAGGGGUGACGCACAUGGAGCCUGUCAGGACCGUGGUGACAGGGCGGCGCGUGGCCAACCACAGCGAGAAAGAGCCAGGGGGAGGGUUAUUGAAAAUCUCUGUGAAGGAGGUGGUGACCCAGAGGGACUCAGGGCUGAGUGAAGCCCAGCUGGUGACAGUGCUGGUGUUCGGGGUGCUGACGGCACUGCUCGUCCUCAUCACCAUCCUGCUGAUGCUGAGGAACUGGCAGAGGAGCCGUCAGAGGUCAAACUGGUGCCAAAGCCCUUCUCAGGCUGCAAGGAAGCUCCAAGACCAGGAGUGUCAAGUGGGCAUGCUCAACACCAUCCUGAUCGAGCCCAGAAAGACAACAGAGCUGUGAGCUGCGAGGACUCUGAGCUGGGCCCUGGCAGGUUGUGCUGGCAAACCCCUUGAACUGCACCCUGGGGAGCUGUGCCGGCACAAACCGGGCAGUGGGAAAGGGCCCUCCGGGCAGCAAAAGUGUCAACAAAACCCCUGGGCGUCGAGCAUUGGUGCGAUGGCCUGGCCUGGGUCUGAGCUGUCUCCUGCCCGGCCAGCGCAGCUGGCACCCAUGGGCAUCUGAAAGCAGGGCUGUGUUGGGCCAGCCCUGCAGGGGAGCGGCAAUGUGCCGCUUGUGGCAGCCCAUGCCAUGCAGUGCCGGUAUCAUCCGACGUGAACUCUCAGAAACAGGAUGGGUAGUCCUGAGGAGGGCACAGCCUUCUUGCAAGCCCAGAAUCUGUCAGGCCCUUCGUAACUCCUCUCUGUGACUACUGGAAGGAACUUUGUCUCAUUUGCGCUGGUGUUGGGGUGUUUCUUCUGGGGCCUUUGGGACGGUUGUGGCUGCACAGGCCUCCCUGCCCCCAUAUUGGGUAGGAUGGCUCCUGGCUGUUUCUAGAGACUGUCAUUUCAGAUGCCGUGUCCCUAGGGAGCGAGCAAGCACCCUUGCUCUCUGACCUUGUGGUUCUGUGACCCAGUUCAAAGAGACUCUGGAGAUCAUUUGGGGUCUCUUCGUGCCCUUCUUCUGCCCUGGGUGAUGCCCCCUCCUCUUGCUGUCAGACUUGGAGUUACAAACACAUUCUGUACCUUCCUCCUGAUGAUCCAGGGGUCUUCUCCCCCCACCUACCAAGCCAUCCUUUCUGGUCUGGCCAUAAAUGACCAAGCUGCUUCCCCCUCUGCAGUGUGCACUUCUGCCUCAUGGUUUGCUGGCAUGGAGGAGCAUGGCCUGCUCUGCUCUGGGGUCCUCUUGGCCUGAGCUGGUCCUUCUCAUAUACCCUCAUAGGUGAAACUUGGAGAUGGACAAGGCUGGAGAUGUGCUGUGGCUGGUUCAGGAACAAUACAAGAUCCAGAUCCUCCCUUUCCCAGUCACUCUGAGGCAGGCAGCUGGCACUAACCUCAAAUCAGCCAUUGUAGCAUUUCUUGAUACAGCAAAGGCUAAGCUCCCCACAGCAGAUGUGAGGGAAGGCUGCUGAGCCUGGGAUGAUCAUAGGAAGCAGAUACGAUACUGCCUUCUCCACCAUUGCUAAAGCACAGCUAAGAACAGUAGAUAGCUGCGUCACUUAGCCUUUGUACUAGGUCUGCUCCUGCCUGUGCUGGUCCAGUGUGCAGUAAUCAGCAUCUCUGUGCCAGUGCCAGGGUUUUCUGUGCCUCCUCGUGGUCAUGGAGGGCUAAGCAGUGGGGUAAAAAACCACACAACACAAACCGUACUACUGGCCUAUAGGGUUGCAGGGCUGGGUUCAAGAUGGUGUGAAGAGAGUGGACAGAGUGAGCACUGAGCCAGGAAGGAGACCUGGGAGAGGGGACUGGGGCUUCAUCAGAAAGAUUAUUUUUUUAAAACAUGGAUGGAUGAUGUAUCUUUAUCGAAUAAAACAAGUACAAGCCCAGAAACAGUGUAUCAGAGAAUCAUAAAAUCAUUUAGGUUGCAAGGGACCUCUGGACCCCAACCUCCUGCUCUCAGCAGAUCCAGUUAGAUCAGGUUGCUCAGCUACUUGUUCUGGAUGAGUACCUCCAUCAUGUCCCUCAAGAAUGGAAACCCAGAUUGCGGCACAGUUGCUGUCCUGCCCCAUGCUCUGGCUGCAGGGAUGGAGAAGGCUCCUGCAGCCUCAGGGGAAGGAACAGGACCUGCCUGAGGACAGCAUAGCAAAGAUGUGUACCUGCUAGGCAUUGCCUUAAGAGUGUUGCGGAGAAGGGGAAAACCCAAGACUGAGUCCAAGGGUGCUGACAGGAAGAGCAAUUUGGUCCUAAAACUGAAAGCAGCUGUGUGUUUGUGCAGCUGCGAGCAGGGCAGGAGGGAUAAGGAGUUUUUCUUGGAA